AUGGCCAAGCUGAUCUUCCUUACAGGUCUGGUCCUUUUGCUGAAUGUUCAGCUGGGUUUUUCCUACCAGCUGACAUGCUACUUCACCAACUGGGCCCAAUACAGGCCAGGUCUUGGGAAAUUCAAGCCUGACAACAUCGACCCAUGCCUAUGUACCCAGCUCAUUUAUGCAUUUGCUGGCAUGAAGAACAAUGAGAUUGCCACAAUUGAAUGGAAUGAUGUAACCCUUUACCAAUCUUUCAAUGGACUGAAGAACCAGAAUUCCCAACUGAAGACUCUCCUGGCUAUUGGAGGUUGGAAUUUUGGAACUGCACCAUUCACUGCAAUGGUUUCCACUCCUCAGACUCGCCAGACUUUCAUCAACUCAGUCAUCAAAUUCCUUCGCCAGUAUGAAUUUGAUGGGCUGGAUUUUGACUGGGAGUACCCUGGUUCCCGAGGCAGCACUGCGCAGGAUAAGUCCCUCUUUACUGUUCUGGUAAAGGAAAUGCGGGAAGCCUUUGAGCAGGAGGCCAGCCAGACAAACAAACCCAGGCUGAUGGUCACUGCUGCUGUGGCUGCUGGACUUUCCAACAUUGAAUCUGGUUAUCAGAUUCCUCAGCUUGGCCAGUAUCUAGACUAUUUCCAUGUGAUGACCUAUGACUUCCAUGGCUCCUGGGAAGGAUACACUGGAGAAAACAGCCCCCUGUAUAAAGGUCCUGCUGACACUGGAAGCAACAUCUACUUCAAUGUUAAUUAUGCCAUGAACUACUGGAAGAACAACGGUGCCCCAGCAGAGAAGCUCAUUGUCGGAUUCCCAACUUAUGGGCACACCUUCAUCCUCAGCAACCCAUCCAACACAGCCAUUGGUGCCCCCACAUCUGGUGCUGGGCCUGCUGGACCUUACACAAGACAGUCUGGAUUCUGGGCUUAUUAUGAGAUCUGUACCUUCCUGAAGAAUGGAGCCACUCAAGCUUGGGAUGCUCCCCAGGAUGUCCCCUAUGCUUACCAAGGCAAUGAGUGGCUUGGUUAUGACAACAUCAAGAGUUUCAACAUCAAGGCUGAAUGGCUGAAGCAGAACAACUUUGGAGGUGCAAUGGUAUGGGCAAUUGAUUUGGAUGAUUUCACUGGAACAUUCUGCAAUCAAGGCAAAUUCCCCUUGAUCACCACUCUGAAGAAUGCCCUUGGACUGCAAAGCACCAGUUGUACCCCUCCUGCCCAGCCUCUUCCUCCAAUCAGUGGUGGAGGAAGUGGCAGUGGAAGCUCUGGUAGUGGCAGCAGCUCUGGUAGUGGCAGCAGCCCUGGUGGUGGCAGUGGAUUUUGUGCUGGCAAAGCUAAUGGUCUAUACCCUGUGUCCAACAACAAAAAUGCUUUCUGGCACUGCCAGAAUGGAAACACCUAUGAGCAACAUUGCCAGACUGGCCUAGUCUUUGAUCCAAGCUGCAGCUGUUGUAAUUGGGCAUAA